AUGGCUGAAUCCGGCCUGGCCGCCUCCAUCUCUUGCCCACCGUCGACCUCGCAGGGGAGGCGUGCCAACGCCCCGCGACUGGAUCAGGCGGAGUCGCGUGGGUCCUCCACCGUCAUCGACAUCGGCAAGGUAUUAGAUGCCCUACUAAUCCAUCAAUCUGACUAUUCAAUGCUAGAAUCUGCUAUUGCCAAACCACGAUCUGGUGUCGCUGCUGUGCAAACGAGAUCUAUGGACCCGUCCAAGAUCUGUCUUCCUACAACUACUGAACUACGGCAACGGGGAAGGAGCUCUCUGAUGUUUCUGAAAGCUGACAUGAAAAGAAUGGAUCUUAACGGUAGUGGAAAACUUAAAGCCAAUAACAAGGCAACUGGCAACCAGUUAUCAAGACAACCAGUUAUCAGUAUCGGCGGGUGGCCCUCGGUCAAGGGAGGGAGGAGGCCGGCAAUGGGCUUGGCCCACAUGCGGAGAGGUACACGGGAGAUGUGGGAGCAGGGCCACGGGUUAGCUUCGGUCCAAGAGGAGGUUGAGGCUUGGGCUAGCAUCAGGAGCAAAUUUAGCCUAAGAGUUGUUAGGCUUGAGCUAGCAUUAGAAAGAGAUUUAGCCCACAAGUGCGUAGAAAAAUACUAUUUUUUAUUUUUAUCGAAGCGUUAG